GGAAGCCGUAAUAAUUCUGUUAACAAUGGCAGGCGAGACCUUACGAUCUUCGGCAAUUCAGGAUGAUGGAAUCGGUGGUCGAUCUUCUUCAUCUAAUGCCGUCUCUUCUGAUCCUUCUCUCUCCCAUAAAGUUUCUCUCGGUCGGCUUAAUGCCGAGGCUCCUGAAUUCGUUCCUCGGACGACAAAUCGGGUUGAUCUGCAGCAGCAACAGCCGCUGAUGGUGAUUCCGCAUGGACCUGUUGCGAUGAACGUCUUUCCUUCAGAGAAUUCUCCAUUUCAUGUUCAGAUGCACAAGCACGUUGCCCUGCACAAUCAUGUCCAAUAUCAGUACUACUCUGGGUCUGGAGAACAGGAGAGUCUUCAAUCUCAUGCUCCACCGGAUCCUGAUCAUCUCCCUGUUACGAGAAAUGGGCUGUCAGAGGAAGUUAGUCAUAAGAUUUUGAACCAGGUGGAGUAUUAUUUCAGUGACGCAAAUCUGGCUACAACUGACCAUCUGAUGAAGUUCAUCAACAAAGAUCCUGAGGGGUUUGUGCCUAUAUCAGUUGUUGCGUCUUUUAAGAAGAUCAAAGCCCUUAUCAGUAGCAAUCACGAUCUUGUUCAUGUUCUCCAGACCUCAUCAAAGCUUGUUGUCAGUGAAGAUGGAAAGAAAGUCAGGCGCCUGCAUCCAUUGACUGAGUCAGACAUGGAAGAGUUGCAGUCACGCAUUGUUAUUGCUGAAAAUUUACCAGAGGAUCAUUCGUACCAAAAUCUGAUGAAGAUUUUCUCUGCUGUUGGGAGUGUGAAGACUAUCCGCACCUGUCAACCUCAGACUGCUAAUGGUGGUUCUGCUGCUGCAUCAAGAGUAGCAAAAAUGGAUAACAUGUUUUUCAGUAAUAAGGUGCAUGCAUUUGUGGAAUAUAAGACUGUGGAGCUAGCAGAAAAGGCUAUCGCUGAGCUAAACGAUGAGAGGAAGUGGAGAAGUGGUCUGAGAGUCCGACUAUUGCUUAGACGGAAGUUGAAAUCUUCUCAAGCAAGAGGGAGAAAGGCUGGGCAUGAAGCUGGUGGGAAUGAUGAGGAAGAUGAAGAGUGUACAUCUGAGCAGCCAAAUGACAAGCAAUCUGAAGAUUCUUCUCAGCCAUCUGAUGCAGUAUCACGUGAGCACACAGGUGAGGAGGUAGUCAAUGACAAGGAGAAUGGGCCAAGAAGAAUGCAGGGACGUGGCCGGGGAAAGGGCCUUGGCUGGGGUCAACUACAAAAUAACCGUGGAAGUCAUGUGGGCAUUUCUUCAUCAAAUAAUCUGGUACAGAAUGAGCACCAGAUUGUAACCAAGCCACCUCCAGGGCCUCGUAUGCCAGAUGGUACAAGAGGGUUCUCUAUGGGUCGGGGGAAGCCAAUCGCUGCCUGGAGUGGUUAAGAUUUAGUUAUUUUCACACAUGAACUCACAUUUCUAAUUCCUGUGCGCAAUGUAU